AUGACAGACUAUCUUAAAUUCAGAACGGAGUCCUCCGGAAGGCACAAGGGCAAGCAUCAUAUCAUCAUAGUGGGGGCGGGCAUUAUUGGGGUUUGUACCGCCUACUACUUGGUCCACCAUCCCAAAUUUGACCCUGAAAAGUAUCAUAUAACUAUCGUGGAAAGUAAGAGAGUGGCGGGUGGAGCUUCAGGCAAAGCUGGAGGACUCUUAGCUCUUUGGGCAUUCCCUCAAGAAAUUGUGCCUUUAUCAUUCCAGUUACAUCAAGAAUUAUCCGACCAAUACAACGGUGAAGAAGAGUGGGGCUACAGAAGAUUGAACACAGUCUCCUUGGAAGGUGACAUAAGCCACUUGAAGGACUUGGAAGAGGAAGACGAAGACAACGACGAGGAUGACGUCCAACCAGAAACCUUCAAACAAUCAAAAAGGCAUGAUUCAGACUCUUCAAGCUCUUUAGCACGAGAUUCAACCAAGACGAAAGCCAAACUUCCCGAAACCCUCAACUGGAUAACAGAAUCUCUUAUAAGCGAGUGCUCUACUUUGGGUGGAACUGACACUACUGCUCAAGUCCAUCCUUACAAGUUUACCACAUUCAUAUUGAAAAAAGCAGUUGAAAAGGCCCAUGGGGCCAUCGAGCUAAUUAUCGGUAAGGUGAACGAGAUAGUUUUCUCUAUGGAGACCGGAAGAGCCACGGGUGUUGCUUAUCAGCCUACAUCAGUAAAGUCAUCCGUUUCAAGUAAGCAUAAGUCAGUCAAGUUAAAGGGUAACCAGAUAGUUCUAAGUGUUGGACCUUGGACAUCCAAGAUUUUACCAGAUUGUCCUAUCUCUGGAUUAAGAGCUCAUUCGAUUACUGUUUCACCAUUCAAAGACCAACCGGUCUCUCCAUAUGCAAUUUUUACCGAAUUCAAAACUGGAUCCUAUUCAUACAUAUCGCCAGAAAUUUAUGCAAGGCAAGAUGAGGUUUAUGUUUGUGGGGAAGGAGAUUCAGCAGUGGAUGUGCCGGAGACUACAGACGAUGUUGAAGUAGUCAAAUCAAAAUGUGAUGAGUUAUUUAAACAGGUUGGAAAAAUUUCUCCAAAUUUAAGGAGAGGACAUAUUCUCAAAAAACAGGCAUGCUACUUACCAGUACUCGAUGUUCCUUCAUCUAGUGGGCCACUUAUUGGUGAAACAAACGUUGAAAGUUUGUUCUUAGCAUCCGGUCAUUCAUGUUGGGGUAUUAAUAAUGCCCCAGGAACAGGUAAAAUUAUGAGUGAGCUUUUGCUCGAUGGUGCAUCAAAGUCAGCAGACACUUCAGGCCUUGAUCCAUCCUUGUAUUUUGACGCUAGUGUCUUGGUCAGCGAUGAUGAAGAUAACGACAAUUUGGAGGAUGAUAUCAAAGCGGCUCAGGAUGACAGAUAUUUCGGAGAUGAUGACGAUGACGAGGAGGAGGACGAUUUUGAAGUGAAUCAUGAUGAAGAUGACUACACCGAUGACACUAAUGAUACCACGCGGAAUACUGUUACUCAUAAGAUCUAA